AUGAAGUCGGCCGAGGGCCACCUGGCGACUAGUCAUUCAGGAUUCGUUGUCACCCAGGAUGAAGAAAGUUGUCCGGGCAAUCCUGGAUGCCCCUCCGCCCUGGAUGUCAUGACAGCUCCACUGCCACGUGCAGCCAAAAUUUUGGUUGCCGUGACACGGGCUAGUGUCCAAGACCAACAGGUGGCAUUAGAGCCUCUCGAUCCUUUGAGUUACCAACGAGAAAGGUGGCGGCGGAUUAAGGUGCACCAGGAACAGGAUGAAUAUCUGUGCGACUUACGAGAUUUCCUGAAUGGAGAAGUUGAUCGUUUCACGUUACAUCAGCUGCGGAAGAUCGCCAAGGUAGCAGACCUGUUCGCCCUGGAUGCCCGUGGCGUGCUGUAUCGGUUAGCCCAAUCCACCCGAGGCAGACCCCGAGAUGCUCAGGAUGAAUUACGACUGGUGACAUCUUAUGCCCACGAGGAUUUCCAGGGUGGACACCAGGGCAUCAAGCGGACUCACGAAAAAUUGCGCUCUGUGUUCUAUUGGCCCGGGAUGUAUGCCGAUGUGGAACGACACGUAAAAGAAUGCGUGGAUUGUGCGAGCGGCAAGGGACACCCAUCUAACCCUGGUCCAUUUCCUGGAAACAUCGAACAAAGACGACCAUUUGAGGUGGUCUCGAUGGAUUCUGUGACGCACAUGCCGAAAUCGGAGCGGGGAAACACUUUCUUGCUCUUAUUCCAGGAUAUGUUCUCAGGAUUCGUGAUGGAACUCCUGGGCAGCCGUCAGAGAUCCACCCUGAGUUACCGACCUCAGGCGAAUGGACAACAAGAACGCUCUGUUCAGACUGUUAUCCGGAGCGUGCGAGCGUAUGCGGCCGAAGCAGACCAGUCGGAUUGGGACGAUCACGCUGAGCGAUUG